AUGCCCGAGGAUAUCGGCUACCUGCACGCGAUUGGACUGGACUACGGCAUCGGUUUCACUUCCGUCAUGCAAUGGAUUCUGGAGCACGUUCACGUGUGGUCUGGCCUCGGCUGGGGUGCCUCCAUCAUGGCUACGGCCGUCCUGCUGCGAACUCUCAUGUUCUACCCCCAGAUCCAGAGUCUCAAAUUCAACGCCAUCAUGCAGCGGAUGAGAAAGGACCCUCGAUCGAACGAGGCCAUGAAGCUCGUCCAGCAGGGCUUCCAGGAGGGCGACAUGGAGAAGCGUCAGCGCGGCCAGGUCCUGAACAAGAUGCUGCGAUCCGAGUACGGCGUCAGCAACUGGGGCAUCAUGUGGUCACUUGCGCAGAUCCCCUUUACAUUCGGCCUCUUCCGUAUUGUCAGCGGUAUGGUGCACAUCCCAGUGCCUUCGCUGGAAUCUGCCGGCUUCCUGUGGUUCACCGACCUCUCCGCCACUGAUCCCUACUUUAUUCUUCCCGCUGCCGGUACCGCCUUCAUGAUGGGUGCUCUUCUGAUCAACGCAAAGCACACCCCCCCGCAGCAGCGAAAGAUGCUCAAGCCCAUGAUGUACAUCUUUGGCACCGUCGGCUUUGUCGGCACCACCUUCCUCUCCGCCGCCGUCAACCUCAUGACCGUCGCCCUCGGCGCCUCUACCCUCCUCACCGCCCUCAUCCUCAACAUCACCUCCAUCCGCCGCUCCCUCGGCCUGCCCACCGGCCCCGUCGACGAGGCGCCCGCCCCUCAGAAGAAGAUCCAGUACGAGGCACCCCGCUCCGAAGCCCCCGGCCUCAGCGGCCUUCGGGAGCGACUCACCACCAGCCUCGACGACAUGAAAAAGGGCGUUUCCGAGUCCGUGUCCAACUACACCGGCACGUACUCUGGCACGGAGCAGGAAAAGGCCGAGAGGAAGCGCAGGGAGAUGAUUCGCAAGUUGGAGGAUAUGCGGAAGCAGCAGGAGCGCGAGCAGUUUGAGCUGAAAUACAAGAGCAAGAAAUAA